AUGAGCAGAUACCACACCAGCCCAGUGAACCCAGCCAUCUUCCUCCACCUGACCGUGGUGCUGUUGGCCAUCGGCAUGUUCUUCACUGCCUGGUUCUUCGUCUAUGAGGGCACCUCCACCAAGGACACCAGGGACAUCUACAAAGAGCCCCUCAUCUCCUUGGUGGCCGCACUCAUCAUGGGCUUCCGAGUCCUCUUCCUCCUGCUCUGGGUUGGCAUCUAUGUGUGAGCUCCAAGGGUACCAGCCACGCAGUCCCCACUUUUGCAGAUUCAUCUUUUUUGUUUUCUGUUUUUUACUGUUGCUGGAAGUGUUCCACCUGCCCUCACAAUAAAAGCAGAUGUGU